AUGACGAAUGAUGAGCGUGUUCGUCGCCAUGUUACGGAUGAUCCGAGCUGCUCAAUAUGUGAGGCUGCUUGUGAAGAUAUUGACCAUAUAGCUAUGAAUCUUCAAGACGGUUUAAAGUUUGCUAAGAAUCCGAAUAAUUGGUCGUUGCUCUUCUCGGUAGUUAUUUGGAAUAUAUGGCGAGCUCAGAAUGCAAAAGUUUUUGAAACUCCUUUGGAUGGAGACGGAGCGAUAAUUGAACGGAGUAGUAGGCUUAUUCAAGUCACUCUUCAACCUCAAGUUGGGGUGUCUCCUUCUGCGAAAAAUAACGCUAUUAUAUGUCGUGGUCCGGAUAGUUGGACGGUUCCUCCGGCUCCGUGGAUCAAAAUCAACGCAGAUGCUGCUUGUAGCGGGACGGAUAAUUAUGCUCGGUGUGGGGGAGUUGCUCAAGACAGUUUAGGAAAUUGGAUUUUCGGGUUCUUAAAAUUUAUUGAUGUCUGCUAG